AUGCCACGACCGGCGACGAGCAACCGCGCAGAGACGCGGUGGACGGUGCGCCUAGUCCCGUUCUUCUGCGCCGCCGCUAUUGGCUACGCGACCUACCUCACAGUUGCACAUCUCUGCGUCAACUAUCUUCUUCGAGAAAAGAAAAAGACGGCCGUCGCAGUCGUCCUUUUGGUUCUCUACUUUGUCUUCUUCAUCCUCACCGUUGCAACCUACUUCCGAACUUUCCUUACCAUUCAAUUCAAAACUGGAUUCGUCCCCUUGACGCCCGAACGAGAAGCCCUCGACCAGGAACGCGAGCAGAUAAAGAAGCGAGGGGGUGACCUCGAGGCUCUACCAUGGGUCCCUCCCGAUACGAAUCCUGAUAGUCCUGGCCUGGAGACAUUUUACAGCAGAGAUGUUUUUGUCUGCGAGAGCGACGGCCGUCCCAGAUGGUGCUCUGAAUGCAGGAACUGGAAACCUGACCGCGCCCACCAUUCAAGUGAUCUUGAUCGAUGCGUUCGAAAAAUGGAUCACCUGUGUCCCUGGGUAGGAGGCGUGGUGGGGGAGAAUUCCUUCAAUUUCUUUGUCCAGUUCACAUCGUACUGCGCAUCAUACUGCACCGUUUGUCUGGCCACAUCCGGAUAUUCGCUGCAUCUGAAGAUGCAAGACGGAGAGUCCUUGGAUGCACGCAUCGUCGUGGGCAUCGCACUCGCAGGCCUGUUUUGCCUUUUCACCUCGGCCAUGACCAUGACGUCGGCCCGCUUUGUCUUCACAAACAUUACUAACAUCGACUUGUUCAAGAAGAACCAGGUCUUUCGACUGGCUGUUCGAGUAUCACAUACCACUCGACCGACAGAUCGUUUUCAAACCAUCGUAUACCCGCUCUCGCCAGUGUGUUCAAGUUCAACUACUUUUUCGAGGGGUCAGCUUAAUAGUGUCAACCGAUCUCGAACACCGUCGCCAGAGCCGAGGAUGGCAGCCAGGGACCAGCAAGCCAGGCGAACAUUCGCAAUCUUGACCACAGAGCCCGGCGAGAACCCCUGGGACCUCGGGUACUGGGGGAACUUCAAGUCGGUCAUGGGCAACUCGGUUUUUGAGUGGCUGCUGCCCAUCCGGCACUCUCCCUGCUGUAAUCAUGACAGCAUGGUGAGCGACUACGAAUAUGGACCUCUCAUCGAGGUGCUGAAGCGACGAUAUGGGAUCACCGACGGUGGACCCGCUAAGGAAGGGAUUGAGAUGACGUCGAAUUAG